CACCCCCUUCACCCAAGUGUGCCAUACCAGGCUGCUUGCAAACUGAUUCAUUUUUCAAAUGAUUGCAUUCCCUCAUUGGAAUGCUUGUUAGCCAUGAGAGAUUUCCGCUAUUAAAUGCAUCUGCAAGUACGUCUUCAAAUAGAUGUCCAAAUGCCUCUCCAAAUGCAUCUCCAAAUGCAUUCGCAUCGUCUACAUCCACGGAGCUUGCAAGGGAUUUUCUUCAGAGGAGAUUUACAAGUGCUUUACUGCACAAUCUCAACUCUCUAGGAUUCUUCUUUCGCUCGAGUCCAUGAGUCCGCACUCAUGCACACCUUGAGCGAACUGAGCUUCACUCGAGCCACAUCCGAGCGAACAAUCUGCCUAGUACCUUUACAACUUUCAAACCAGGCUCCAUAAUCCUACAAUCACACCAAUCUCCAACUUGGAGACUGGUUCUCAACAUGCCGAGCUCUAUCUCCAACAUGAUUCCUUAUCAUCUACAUAAUUUUACAGCUCAUGUCUUCCAGUUAGAAGACUAACUAAAGUGAUGCAUAACUUUAGUUUAUUACCUAAAGUACCCUUAAUCAACAGUAGGUCAUUAUUCAUGAUGCAGAAAAAACAGAAUAUAAACUUCCAAGUCAGAAAAGCUCAGAACACAGCAAAACAAAUAUCGAACACAUACUCAAAUAAGCCAGCAAAGACCAACGACGGCAUAGCCACUCAUACUUCUUCUUCCUCUUCACAAAGCACUAGUUUUUCCAGUUUGGCUUCAGAUCUAGCAAUUGCAUAGUAAUUAGUAAAGACCACCGAUCGAAAUCAAGUUUCUGAUAAUUUCUCAACCAUGUCCACCACUUGCGUGCACAUUGCCGCUUAUCCCUACCCGGCCUCCGGCCACAUCAUACCCAUGCUCGAUCUCACCCACCUCUUACUCACUCGCGGCCUCACUGUCACUAUUUUUGUCACCCCCUCUAACAUCCCUUUACUUCAACCCCUCUUCUCCGGACACCCUUCUUCUCUCCAUCACUUUGUCCUCCCCGAGCUCGACAUCAAGCUGCCCCCACUGACGUGGCUCUUCGUCAAGGCUCGCGCUUUGCGUGAGCUUCACUUUCCCAUUCUCCUCGAAUGGUUCCGAUCCCACUCCUCACCCCCCGUCGCGAUCAUUUCGGAUUUCUUUUUCGGCUGGACCAACGAUCUCGCUCUCGAGCUCUGCGUUCCACGGGUCGUUUUUUCGCCGUCCGGUGCCUUUGGGCUGUCGUUUUCUUUUUCACUGUGGCGCGACCCCCCUAAAAAUGAUGAUCCGGAAGAUAUGAACUCCCAGUUUAAGUUUCCGAAACUCCCGUGUUCCCCAACUUACCCAUGGUGGCAGAUCCCAGAGCAUCACAGAAGCCUCAAAGGAGACCCAGAUGUGGAGUUCUUUAGAGAAAACAUAAUGGUGGCCAACAUGAUGAGUUGGGGACUGAUAUUUAACUCGUUCGCCGGCUUGGAGGGCGUUUACUUGGAGCAUUUGAAGAGAGAAGUAGGACAUGAUCGGGUGUGGGCUGUGGGACCAGUAUUGCCUCCUGAUCACCACGGUGCUCAACAGGAAUCCAUUGUUAGAGGUGGAGUAAGCUCUGUGCCGUGCCAUCAGGUCAUGACCUGGUUGGAUUCUCGUCCGGACGACUCGGUUGUCUACGUUUGCUUUGGGAGUCGCACGGUGUUGAGACGCACGGAAAUGGAUCUGCUGACUAGUGCGUUAGAGCAGAGUGGGGUGGGGUUUGUUUUUUGCGUAAGGGUGUCGUCGAUGCAGGACAACGAGCCACGCGAGAGUGCCAAUGACGGCGUGAUUCCCAACGGGUUCGAAGAUCGCGUAAGGGGCAGGGGUUUUGUGAUUAGGGGGUGGGCGCCACAGGUUUCGAUACUGAGGCACCGAGCCGUCGGCGCAUUCUUGAGCCACUGUGGGUGGAACUCGUUGCUGGAAGGGAUCGUUGCCGGAGUAGUGAUGUUGACAUGGCCAAUGGAUGGAGACCAGUUCACAAAUGCCAAGUUGUUGGAGGAGCAGUUUGGGGUGGCGAUCCGAACUGGGGAGGGAACUCAGAUCGUUCCCCAGUCCGAGGAGUUGGCUCGGUUAUUGGUAGCAUCGGUGGAUGGAUCUCGGCCCGAGAGGGCUCGAGCCAAAAAACUGAGUAACGAAGCCUUGGGUGCGGUACUCAAAGGCGGAAGUUCAUACGAAGAUUUAGGUGAGUUGGUGAAGCUGUUGUCUGAUCUUCAAAAGUAAGAUUCUUUCUAAUAGUGGUAGGGCACUAGCGGUUACUUUGUUCUGGCAAUUACGGAAAAUUAUUUCUGCUUUUUUGGGUUUCGGGAUCUCCCAGUAAGGUGAUUCUUUCGUUACUUGUUAUUUUUUCUUGCUGUUUGUGCAUUAUCUCGUCUUGUACAAGAUUGUGGGUUUUCUAGUUUGGAAUUAUUACUGGUUUGGUUUUUUCUA